AUAUCCAGCAAAAAUAGACCAUCUCCUAAUUUUUUCUCUCAAAUAUACAUUUGUCCCGUUUAAAACAUUGGCUCUUUUUCAACACCAAUCGCCGCUUUGACUCGCGAACGCGCCGCAAAAGUGCGUCGUCCAAUCGUCGACCACAUUUGUCCGUACGUGCGCGCAACGCGCCUCCGCCUGCGAGUGGUCGAACCCCUCCCCGCCACCCAAAAUCGCACACGUUUAAUACGUCAAUCGCCGCCACGCGCCGCCGACCGCGAGUUGCCAAUCCCCCCUCGUGCAAUUAUGGAACAUCGCUUCGCCUCUCUACUUUUGCAGGUAAAAAACUACAUCUACUUGUGCAAGUGGAAACUCAAACUCUAUUAAUAAUAAACCCCUCCCUCUCUCUCUUUCUCUCUCUCUCUCCCUCUCACUCUCCCUCUCCACUCUUGAAAUCCAAUCCAAAUAUCUAAACAUUCAAUUAUCCAAUCCCAUUCCAUCAUUCAUUCUCCGGCGGCGCGAAUCGCAUGUCGUCCAAGGCGGAGGCGGCGGCGCAGCCGGCAUUCAAGUGGCACUACGCGGAAUUCGACGACAGCAACUUCCAAAUCCGGGGGCGCACGCUCUUCUUCAUCGUCGUGCUCUUCUCCGUCAUCCUGCUGGUGGCGCUGCUCUUCCUCUACGCGCGCUGGGUGUGCCGCUUCAGCCCGCCGCCGCCGCCCCAGCCGCGCACCGCCGCGCCCCACGCGGCGCUGUCCCGGCGGCAGGGGCUGGACGCCGCCUCCAUCAGCAGCAUCCCCAUCGUGCUGCACCGGGAGUCCAUGUCCGACGGCGAGUGCUGCAUAUGCCUCGGGAUAUUCGGCGACGACGACAAGGUCAAGGUGCUGCCGCGCUGCCGCCAUUGCUUCCACUCCGAGUGCGUCGAUAGGUGGCUCACAACUCAGUCGAGUUGCCCGCUUUGCCGCGCCUCCAUCCGAGUCGACUCACCUGUUUGACUCGCCCCUUCUUUACUAUUCUAAUGUUUCUUCACUUUUUUUCCCUCGAAAAUGGGGAUAUACUGUUCCAAAUUGUGCAGAUUGUUUGGAUGCUGCCUUUUUUUGUCGUAUAAAUCAAAGGAGAAUCUUCGAUGGAAAUAUUGUAAAUAUUUGGAUAAUACACUUUCUAUUUUUUCUUUUUU